AUUUGGUUCAAUGAACCUAUCGAUACUUUUACAUCACUAAUAUUCAGCAGGCAAGGAAACCUGUUAUUUGUUAAUAUGGGUAACGAGACAACGAGAGACACAUGCAACAUCAUUUAAACAAAAUUAAUUAUUUUAUAAACUUAGGACCUGUAUUUUGUGCAAAAUCUUAUUUUGUGUGAAAUGAGUAGACUGAUUUAAACGCAAUGGAUGUGGAAUUCCUGAGAUAUCAAUACGAGAAUAGACAUGACGGGGUGCUCACGAAAAGUAGUUUCAGAAUUGGAGUACGUCACCUCCAGAUCUUAUAUAUGUGCGCGUGCUCAGCGGCCAUGGGCGCGGUGCGUGGCAGCAUCGGCGUCACUAUCAUGGCCGUCAAUGAUGUCACACGGUGGAACGACACUUAUGUACAGAUUCAUGACUGGGACUAUAGAAUACAGGGGAGCAUCCUGUCCUCCUUCUUCUUCGGGUACGCCAUGCUGGUCGUGCCGGCUGACUUGAUCCUGGGGAAGAUUAACGGGAAAGUGGUGACCACCACCAUCCUCGCAGUCAACGGCGUAUUGUGCCUGACGAUGCCGACUAUAAUCAACAGGGGUGGUUGGAUAGCGACAUGCAACGCUUUAUUCAUGAUGGGAAUGACGCAAGCAUGCUUGGAUCCAGCGAAUCGGAAUCUCCUCAAGAGUUGGAUGCCACCAAAUGAGAAAUAUUUCUGCAGUAGUUUAGUUUAUGGAGGUCUUCAACUAGGUGUAAUAAUAUCUCUCUACGUUGCUGGGAUACUUUCCGAAUCGAGACUCGGGUGGGAAUUGAUAUUCUACUCGUUGGCGAUGGCGACUUUAUCAAUGGCAGUGGUUUGUGCUUUGCUGACGGCCAGCUCGCCUGAAGACCACCAAGCAGUAGGAGAUGAGGAGAAGGAAUAUAUCAAAGAAACCCAGAGUUUAUAUAGAAAGAGGCCCAUAAUAUUACCAUGGCGUACGGUUCUCAAGACACGGCAAUUCUGGGCGGUGAUAUGUGCGCAUGCGGCGAGCAACGCCGUCUUCAUAUUCUACCUGGUAGACGUGCCGGUGUAUCUGGCAGUUCUGAAUGUCUCUAUUAAAGAUAGUUCAUUCUACGUUCUCCUGGCAGUGGUCUCAAUGUGGGUAAUACACGCGAUGACUGCUCCGACCAUUGAAUGGAUCACCAGUUUCGGAAACGCCAGCAAUCUCUUCAAUACCAAUUACCUGAGGAAAGCGAUCAAUGCUACUGGUGCAUUCGUGGCAGUGAGCGGACUGAUAAUCCUGCCCAAUAUUGGUCCAGACUCCCCGAACCUGACAUUCGUAGUGUUAGCUGCAACACUGGCGUCAGUCGGUUUUCAAUUCUCCGGGUUUCUGAAAACUAUAAACGAUAUGUCGGAGAACUUUCGCGGUACGCUGAUGCUGAUCACCAGCUCCAUCGCGGGUCUUACCGGCGCUCUCAUACCGGUGGCUUGCGGACUUAUAGUUAAAGAUGAAGAGAACUCUCUCUCGAGAUGGAGGGCUAUAUUCCUCAUACUUGCUGGUGCCUGUGCAUUAGGCAAUAUCGUGUACACUGUUUUUGGGAGCAGCGAAAGGCAACCUUGGGACGAGAUCAGGACCAGACGCGAAUGUUGAUACCACAACCAUUCAAAUCAACUGAAAUUCGAAGAUAUCAACAAUUCUACAUUGAGGCAUCAGAAAAUUUAUAAAGCGUGAUUUCUUUUGUAAAUAUACCUAGGUACCUACUCAAUUGUGCUAAUAAAUAUCUUAAGUUAUUUAUAAA